AUGCACCCCCUCUCCACCAUCCUCUCUCUCCUCCUCCUCUCCUCCCAACCUCUCACCCUCGCAUCUCCCACACCCCCUCCCCCAACCUCUCUCUCUCUGCUUCCCCUCCUCGACACCCUCAUAAACAUCACCCUCACCGCCUCAACACUCAAUUCCGCUCCUCCGACUGCUUUCACAACAACCACACAUUCUGCAGAAUGUGCAGAUGUGAAUCAGGGAGCGCUGGUAUGCUGUCCGAGUAUUCUGGAUGGGGAUCAACCGCUUGUAGUGACGGCGGCCAGGAUGUUUGGGUUUGUGUUGAAUGAGAAUAGUGUUAAUGGGAUUGGGUGUAGGAAUCUAGAUGAUGGGGCGUUUUGUCCGGUGCUGGAACAUAGACUUUGUUGUCAAGUUACGGAUUUGUUUGGCAAUGUGGUGUCAUAGUGCCGGGAAACUCUGAUUUGUUGAAUUCAUCUUGGU